AUGUCGAUUCCCAGUCUGCGCGUCUUGUUGGUUGGAAACGGUGGUCGCGAGCAUGCUCUUGCAUGGAAGCUCGUCCAAUCGCCCCACGUAGACCACAUCUACGUCGUGCCUGGCAAUGGCGGCACCGCAGGCCUCACAGGUNUUCCCUCCAAGGUCACCAACGUUCAAAACGUCAAGGCCGACGACUUCCCUGCUCUGGUCAAGUUCGCCCGCGACAACUCAGUCAACUUCCUGGUUCCUGGUCCUGAGGCCCCUCUUGUUGCAGGCAUUGUCGACUACUUUGCUCAACACCUGCCCGACGUCAAGAGCUUCGGUCCCAAUGAGGCCGCUGCCCGUAUGGAAGGCAGCAAGGCUUUCAGCAAGGACUUCAUGAAGGAACACAACAUCCCUACAGCCGCCUAUGAGAACUUCAGCGACUACGACAAAGCAAAGGCAUACCUCGACAGCAUCGACCACGACGUUGUCAUCAAGGCCGAUGGUCUCGCUGCCGGCAAGGGUGUCAUCAUCCCUCAGACCAAGGAAGAGGCCGUACAAGCCCUCAAGGACAUCAUGCUGACCCGCGAGUUUGGUUCGGCUGGUGACACUGUUGUCAUUGAGGAGCUGCUCGUUGGUGAAGAGUGCAGUAUCCUGACCUUCAGUGAUGGCUACAACAUUGCCAGUCUGCCUCCUGCUCAGGACCACAAGCGCAUCUUCGACGACGACAAGGGCCCCAACACUGGUGGUAUGGGCACCUACGCUCCUACUGGCGUUGUCUCUGCUCAAGAGAACCAAGAGAUUCACAAAUCCAUUCUCCAAGCUACUGUCGACGGCAUGCGCAACUCUGGAAACAUCUUCAUUGGCUGUCUCUUCACGGGUCUCAUGAUGACAAAGGCUGGCCCCAAGGUCCUCGAGUACAACGUCCGCUUCGGUGACCCGGAAACUCAAUCAGUCUUGACUCUGCUCGAGUCUGACCUUGCCGAACUCAUGUACAGCUGCACCACAAAGUCGCUCGGCUCGCUUGGUUCCAUCAAGAUUUCGUCACGUGCUGCUGCCACUGUCGUCGUUGCUGCUGGUGGCUACCCUGGCUCCUACGCCAAGGGCACUCCUAUGACCUUGACUGCCACUCCCGAGGACACUGUCAUCUUCCACGCAGGCACCGACAUCAAGAACGGUCAGCUCGUGACAAGCGGUGGUCGUGUCAUCGCUUCGACCGCUACUGGUCCUACUCUAAAGGAGGCCGUUGCUCGUGCCUACGAAGGUGUGCAGACCAUCAAGUUCGAAGGCAUGCAAUACCGCAAGGACAUCGCCAAGCGCGCCUUGAAGUAA